AUGAGUUUUCAAGUCUACAACAUGGUGUCCUUGCCAGCACCGCAAGCAACAUCAUUCUCCCAACAUCCGAAACUUCCAACAUUGGAAGUGAUACAACGGCCACCACUCACUGGAAGACAUGGCAUUCACGAAGAAGAGAUCAAGCUACCUUCCUUUAGAUCUUUACUGGCUAGUGCGGGCACUGCCGCUGCUCUUGAAUAUCCCCCCAGGAUUCAACCCCAAUUUGCAACAGGGGCACCUGCACCUGAGCAAGCAUUUUAUCAGCCCCUAAAUACCGUGGGAGUCACGAGGCCCAACAUUCACACCUCCAUCACUCCACCACUGGAGGCGCAGGACCUCCCUCACCAACAAAAGUUUAUGGAACCAUUUGCGUCCUUCCCCAAUACAGUAGUGUCUUCUACACCCAACACAGCCAUCAGAAAAUACAAGUGCAAGAUCUGCGAGAGGUCUUUCACAACGUCGGGCCACUUAGCUCGUCACACACGUAUUCACACUGGUGAAAAGAAGCAUGAGUGUCCUUUCGAAGGCUGUUCUGCUAGGUUCAGCCGUCAGGAUAACUGCAUGCAACAUUACAAGACGCAUGUUAAUACCAAGUCGAAACGAAAGAGAUCUAGAUUGAGAAGUAAAUAG